AUGGGAGAGUGGUCUGAUGGAAUCUGGAGUUGGAAUUUGAACUGGAAACGCGAGUUGAGGGGGAGAGAACUGGAUCAGUUUUCUUCCCUUUCCUCGUUGAUCAACAGUUUUGAUAUUAUUGCAGGUAAACCAGGAGGAUGGAGGUGGAAAGCUGACCCAAAAGGCAUCUUCUCAGUCAAAGAAGCGUACCGUGCCGUUAGCAAAUCAACCGAAACCAAUUUCAACGAUGAGUGUGAUCUGAAAUUUCUUCAGAUUUGGAAAGCAAAAGCGCCGUUCAAGGCCAAAAUGACAGCGUGGAGACUCCUCAAAGGAAGAUUGGCAACUACCGACAAUCUCCUCCGAAGACAAGUGCAGCUGCCGAAUGAGGAACUGACCUGCAUCCUUUGCAAAGACCAGGCUGAAUCCAUUGACCAUCUUUUCUUCUCUUGCCAGAUGACAACUGAAGUCUGGAACUCUAUCCUCCUCUGGAUUGGUAAGCAUGCGGCCUUACACAUAAGAGCGAAAGAUCAUCUGCUUGCUUUUUCGAAUCUUGGAUCCAAAGCCGAUAACUUCCUUCUCACAAGUGUGUGGAUUUGUGUUAUUUGGAGUGUUUGGAAUUGGAGGAAUGAAGGCAAGUUUAACAAAGACAUUUGGAGUAAAGACAAAAUUCUGGCAGAGAUCAAGACGAGAGUUUGGGGGUGGAAAUCUGCCUUUUCUUUGACGACCUCUUCACCGGAUUUCAGAUCAUGGUUUGUUGGUGAUCAGAUUCUCGGUUGCUCAUGA